AUUACAAUCUCCACCUUAAAUAACACAGCUACCUUUUUGAUUUUCAACAAACUUCAUCUGUUUUUUUGUGCUUCAUUUCCCUUUAGCCCAUCCCUCCUAAUCUCUCUCAUUACACCACCUUUAAAUCAAUCCUAUAAAAAUUUAAAAAAAGCAACUCAAAAUUAACUAAAAGGUACAAAAAGAAUCUCUUCUCCAAGAAAACAAACUCAAUUCCCCACAAGAAAAAUACACUCCACAAGCAACACAAAUCAAGAAAAAAAGGAAAUUUCUCUAUAAAUUAAACACUGUAAAUCCUUCAAGAAGCUACAAAACAACAACAUAAACCCUACAAAAAUUCAAGAAUUUCAAGAUUCUUUAAUAAAGAUUAAACAACAUUAUGGAUCUAUCACCUAAAGAAGCAUAUUACAGCCCAGGAGGAAACAUAACAAGAAGAGCCACCUCAACUUCCUCCUCCGCCGCCACCUCCGCCACCACCAGCGUCCAUGUCACCGCCCUCGACGGCCUAGUAAACGUAAACUCCCUCUUCACCAUAGCAGUCUUCGUGGGCCUUUCUUUAACAACACCAGGCCAACGCAGCCUUGAAAACCGGUCAGCUUGCGACGCAGGCAUUGACGUAGCGAAAAAACUUCUUGUUUUCGAAGUGGUUUCGUUCAGUUUCUUCCUGUUCUCCUCUCUGGUUGCUCAGGGUUUGAAGCUGGCCAUCAACUUGCUGAACAGUAAGGACGUGGAUGAGGCGUUCAGAGCUCAUAUAAAUCUGAAGGUGCUGAGAUUUGGGAUGAUGGGCUCGGCUGUUGGGUCGGUGAUGGGGUGUGUUUUCUUGAUGUUGUCGAUGGUGAAUGUGAUUGAGAUUAGGUUGGGGAUGUUGUCGUGUGGGAGUAAGAGCACUGUUCAUGCUGUUACUUCUUUGGUUGUUUUGGUUUCUUCUGCUCUCUUGGUUUAUAUUUCUACUGCUGUUUAUGCUUUUCUUCAUUGAAAUGAGUUUGGAUUUGGGUGUAUAAUAAGUUUGGUUGAAAUGAAAUUGUUGGGUGUUUUGAAUUUUCUUGAUAAA